UCAUCCUUUUCCAAAAGCCACCACAAACAAUUUUGUCAAUAAUCAAUCAACACUCGAUUCUCUCUUUUAUUCCCCACGAAUUUUAUACUCUUUGAAAAAAGGACAUCAAACUCUUUACUUUCUCGAUCUCAUCUCUUCUUUACUUCAUCAAGAUCCGAGACGAAAUGGCUCAGAAGGUGGUGCUGAAGGUUUUAACCAUGACGGAUGAUAAGACCAAGCAGAAAGCCAUAGAAGCUGCAGCUGAUAUUUUCGGAGUUGAUUCGAUAGCAGCGGAUAUGAAGGAGCAAAAGUUGACUGUGAUCGGUAUGAUGGAUGCGGUUGCGGUGGUAAAGAAACUGAAGAAAGUCGGUAAAGUAGAUUUGAUAUCUGUCGGACCGGCAAAAGAGGAGAAGAAAGAAGAGAAGAAGGAAGAGAAAAAAGAGGAAAAGAAAGAGGAGAAGAAGGAAGAGAAGAAGCCAGAAGAACCUAAGAAAUAAGUAACUUAGUUGAUAUUAUAAACUCUGCAUUUUGCCAUCUUGGUUUCAUAAACCGUCCAAUCAUUGAAUAACUGGAUAUAUGUAUAAUUAAUUGUUAAAAUGCCAAUAUGAGCCAAACCAGGACGUGCUGAUGAGCAACA